GUUCCCCCUCCCUUUUCUUUUUCUAAUCUGAUCUUGCAAACAAUGCUCAUUCGUCCCUUUGCCUGGUACACGAUUGUUCAUUAUUUGCCUCCAAUAUCUUCAUAAAUUGUCUCUUCUGAUGAGUAACGACUUGAUUUCUUAAUAACCUUCUCUUGCCAACAACGACUGUUAAUCUUGCCAUACUACAAGAGAUUUACUUGUACAUUCAUCAAUCAGUCAGUGUUGAAGACAAAGUCGGGUCCUAAAGAGUUAUUUUCAUACAUAUCUCGUGAUCUUCCUUUUCUGCGAUAGGUCAAACUUCAAUUCGCCAAUCGGCUAUUCGUUGACCCGAAUCAUGGCUUCACCCGCGGUAUCAACGCCAUCAUCAGCUGGUUCUCCAGCAGCUCUUGCCCCAGCUCCUCCUGUUCUCGCCAUCAAAACUGGAAACCUAUCCAGCAUGAAUGCCAUGUCGCCAAUAUCGGGUGUAUCUACCCCUACUAUCAUGACAACCAAGGAAUGGGUUAUUCCGCCACGACCGAAGCCUGGACGAAAGCCUGCAACUGAUACCCCACCAACAAAGAGAAAGGCACAAAAUAGAGCCGCUCAACGUGCUUUUAGAGAACGACGUGCUGCACGAGUAGGUGAAUUAGAGGAACAACUUGAGGAGGCAAAGGAAGACCAACAAAGGCGUGAGAAUGAUAUGAGGUUGAAGAUCACUAGACUUGAGGCAGAGGUUUCUAGAUUCAAUGGCGAACUUCAAUCAUGGAGAUUACGAUGCGAGACCCUUGAUCGAAUUGCAGAUUACGAAAAGAGAGAGAAGGAAACUGCACUCAAGGAAUUAGCAUAUCUUAGGAAUGGACUUCAAAGCAAGAGUACUGAAGCUGUUCCUCUCCCACCACGCCGUAAUCGCCAGUCCACUCAGACACAACCCUUACCACUGCCACGACAACAACAAACCCCCUUUGUUCCAGACCUUGAGGUAUCAGAUGAGUCAAUCGGUUGUGGAGGUUGCAAAUCCUUGGGCGAAUGUGCUUGUGCUGAAGAAGUAAUUGCUAUGUCUACUCAGGGUUGUGGUAAUUGUGGCCCUGACACUCAUUGUCAGUGCUUAGAAGAAACGCUUAAGGAUGUCGGCAUGGACUUGAAGAGGGCACAUUCUCCUUCAGUUGAUGGCGCCUCGGAGAAGCGUGUUCGUUUGUCAUCUAGGCCUUCCAGUCCUCUCGAGAUUGAUUUCACUGCCCAAUUCUCACGACGGCAGCCAAUCGUCCGUGAGCCAUCGCCUCCACCUCAAGUCAUGACACGACCUAUGGAACCAUGCGGCUUCUGUGAUCAAUCAACAUUUUGCCCGUGUGCUGAAAGAGAACAGGAGAAUCGUCUUGCACCUCUACUUAAUGAAGUUACACCUCCACCAUCAGAUACAGAUGUUGAGAAUACACAGGUCAAACUUCCAUCUAUGCAACCCAACCAUAUGCAUCGACCAGUUAGUGCCGCACCAACUUCAAAUUCUUGCGCCAACGGCCCUGGUACUUGUAAACAAUGUAUAAGUGAUCCAAAGGCAGGACUAUUCUGUCGAUCACUCGCGGCAAUGAGAGCUUCUUCAAGCUCAGCCCCACCUGAAGGAUGCUGUGGCGGCAAUUCUUCUGGCGGUGGCUGUUGCAAGACAAUGGAGCCGGCAUCUACUUCAGAACCGCCUCCAAGCUUAUCUGUUGCGGAAACCUACAAGACUCUUUCUACCCACAAGAAUUUCGAUCAAGCCAGUGAUGAGUUAAAUACGUGGUUAGGUCGUCUCCAUGCUACACCGCUCCAACAUGCCGGGAGAGCACCCAUGGAAGUGGAGGCUGCAAGUGUUAUGGGUGUACUGAAGCUCUUUGACCGAAGAUUUGGAAGAGGGUGAAGACCAAAGAAAGUUUUAUUAUAGAUACCCAGCCUUAAUUACGACUCAUGAAGAUGAAUGAGUUCAUGUUUUAUUGUACAUAUUUUGCAUAAGCAUAAACCAAAAGCAUACGCGAUUUGACAUUUCUUGAUUUUUGGAGCAUCGUUCAUUAAAGUUGCCAACCUCCAUGUACAUGUUUAGUCUAAUAUACCAAAUGCGAUGCACAUACCUAUCCACUCCAACGG